GCGCGACACGUUAAUUUCUCAUUGUAUCUUGAGCGGGCGCGGAUGAGCCGUCACCGACGCGCGGCGAGUGUCAAUGCGUCCACGUCGCCCACGUCGGACAUCGACGACAUCAACUGGUUUGACGAUGCCGACGCCGUGUUUGACUACCUCGGGGACAAUAGCCCAGCAAUGGCCAAGCGAGUAAGCGAGACGGUGUCCGCCAAGCCCGCCACCUUAUCUCGGGCGUCGAGUUUGACGUAUGCCACCGAGAAGGAGCGCAAGUCCAGUGUGUAUGACCACGUGCAAUGCGUGGCCGUGUCCCUCGGCGAGCCACGCCAUAGCACAAGUAGCAAGGACUGCCUCGGUAAGGACGUCGCCGACAGUCCGGUCGUUGAAGAGCCCAAGGAGACCCAUCUCCAAGCCAACUUUGAUUUGGCGAUCGCUACGAUUGCGUCGUUGCAGAGCCAGCUCGGAGUAGCCGCGAGCACGAACGAGCGCUUGCGACAGGACCUCGAUCGGCUCCUCACGAGCGAGUCGACGGCCGUAAAAGCCGCUGAUGCUGCCGUGCGCACCGUGGAUGUGCUCCGAGAGCAGCUGCGCGUCUCGAGCCACGAGCAGCUCGCCAAAGUGACCCCGGUCGCCGACCCCAUCGACCCCAAGCUUCUCGCCGAGCUCGCUGCUGCCAAAGAGGCACUGACAAAGGCACUGUGGGAGCGAGAUGCAGCGGUCGCCAAAGACAAGGAUUCGGCCGCGAGCCUCAAGCAGUUGGAAACCAGUCUGUUUCAAGCCAGCGUGGACGUGGCGGCCAAGACGACCGAGCUCGCGCACCUUCACACCGCCCGUGAUGCGUUAGCGGCCGAGCUAGCCCACGCCAAGGCGGUCGGCGCCGAGAGUCAGGCCCAACUCGAGCGCGCACUGGAGCGCAGCGACGUCCUGUCGGCGACUGCCGCGUCCGUGUCGGCCGAGAACACGGAAUUGCACACUCGCGUGGUGACGUGGCAAGCCGAGGUGGAUGCCAAGGCCGCCCAGAUUCAGUCGUGGCAGCGCCUCGUGCCCCGAUUGCAUACGGAGCUGACCGAGGUCCGAAACGAGUGGCUCCAGUCCAAGCGCGUCAUCAAACAAGAAAUCAAGAAGACGCAGUCGUCGCUCCUCAAGUGGAGUCAGGACGGGACUGACGUCGCGAUCCAGCACAACGAGCGCGAGGUCGCGCUCGAGGCCAAGCACGCCAAGAUUGCACAGUGGCAGUACCAGGUCAAGGUCGAGAAGCUUCGGUGUGCGAGCAUCGAGCAGCAGCUCGGGAAGGCCAAUGCAACCUACGAUCGCGACUCGGCUCGGUGGCGCGACGAGUACGACCGCCUUCGUGACCACGUCAACGUGCUCCUCGAAGUCAAAGCCAGCUUGGCAGCGGAAGUCCGCACGUCGCUCGAGCGGAUCCAGACCCUCGAGGCGACGCUGGCGCACCAGCGCUUGGCCUUCUCGCGCUUGAAGAAGAAGCAGUCCUCGCUGCAGCAACACGUAGAGAUCCUACAGCACACCCACGCCCGGGAGCUGGAGCGUGUGUUGCUCCACAAGGCACUCGAGACGGCGCCUGGCGCGGAGAACCAGGGCGAGUUGCCCCCAGAGUGGCUCGACUUUGUGCGCCUUGUGCAGGUCCACCGAGAGACGACACGCUUGGCAUAAAACCGGAGGCUGUUCGAUACACUGUAUGCUGAUUGGACGUCUGUCCACACGUCGUUGGGUGACGCGCCCCCGUUGGACUUGCGCUUUGCGCAGCUCGAAAUCCAAUACGAAAGGUGCACCCAG